AUGGCGAGGCAGUCGAUAGAGCUCGACAGAGUCGAAUCUCCAUCUCAAGUACAAAAUGGCCCAAGUGUGACUUCAAGCAACACUUCACAGGCAGACGAAGCUGGACAUCUUGGUCUAAACCCUUCACGUCAUGACUUUGGAUCUCUACCACCCGUCGACGGCGGCAAAGACGCUUGGCUUUUCCUUGCCGCAGGUUUUGUAUUUGAGGCGCUUGUCUGGGGUUUCCCUUUUGCUUUUGGUGUCUUUCAGGACUAUUACACCACGACGCCGCCUUUCGCGGGCAGCCAAAACAUUGCCGUCAUAGGCACCUGUGCCAUGGGCUUGAUGUACCUGUUGAGUCCUCUGGUCCUGGGGACCUGCCGCAUCUUUGCAAAGUGGGCGCGCUUCAUUCCCAUUGUGGGCUUGCUCAUCAUGUGCGUCGCUCUGGUGGCCUCGUCGUAUGCCACGACCGUCGGCGGCCUGAUUGCAACUCAGGGCAUCAUGUACGCCAUUGGCGGGUCCGUCGCCUACUCGCCCUGCAUGCUAUUCAUCAAUGAGUGGUUCGUCGCGCGUCGUGGCCUUGCGUACGGCAUCACGUGGGCUGGCAAUGGCCUGGCGGGCGUCGUCUUGCCGCUUCUCCUCGAGUUCCUGCUCGACAGGUUUGGCCAUCAGACUACGUUGCGCAUAUGGACCGGUGUCCUGUUUGCAAUUUCGGCCCCCCUCGUGUGGUUCAUCAAGCCCCGGGUCCCGGUCGGUCCUGGACCUGUCAAAGCGCGACCGUGGGAUUUGAGAUUUUGGAGUCUCAAGGCAUUCCUUAUAUAUCAAGUCUGUAAUGUUGUGGAGGCUACAGGGUAUUUCUUGCCGACAAUUUAUCUGCCAAGUUUUGCACGCUCGGCAUUGAAUGCCGGAUCUCUCACAUCGGCAACCACGGUCUUGCUCGUCAAUGUGGCAUCCGUUUUUGGCUCUGUGGCCAUGGGCUUCUUGAUCGAUCGUUUCCAUGUGACGACCUGUAUUCUCGUCUCAACUCUGGGCAGCUUCAUCGGCGUUCUAUGUGUCUGGGGCCUCUCCUCGACUCUCGCUACACUGUAUGUUUUCUGCGUGCUCUAUGGCCUAUUUGCCGGAAGCUUCGUCAGUAGUUGGCCCGGCAUCAUGAUGGAAAUUACAAAAGUCGGUGGCGACAAGUUUGACCAUAUUGAUCCCACCAUGGUCUUCAGCUGGCUGUGUGCGGGCCGAGGCGUGGGUAAUGUCGUGAGCGGCCCGCUGAGCGAGGCGCUGUUGAGCAGUGGGAGUGGAUGGCAGGCCAAUGCCGGAUACGGCAGCGGAUACGGCGGAUUGAUUGUGUUCACCGGCGUCACGGCCCUGAUGGGUGGUGCCAGCUGGGCUUGGAGGCGUAUAGGAGUCCUUUAA